AUGUUGACAGGACCCCAUGCUUUAUAUGUAAAAUGGUCUCUCUCCUUCGGGAUGAUUGAAUAUGUCCUUCUGGGUGUCAUGGCUUAUGACAGAUACGUAGCCAUCUGCCACCCCCUUCACUAUACUGUCACUAUGGACCGGAACACCUGUGUCAAGCUGGCAGCCGUGUCCUGGUGCAGCAGCUUCCUAAGUGCCAUGUCCAUCUGUGUCCUCACCUUAGCUUUGCCCUAUUGUGGGCCCAAUGUCCUGAAUCACUUUUUCUGCGAGGUGCCCUCAGUCCUGAGGCUGGCUUGCACGGACACGUCCCUUGCAGAACUGGUUGUUUUCAUCUUCAGUAUCCUCCUCGUCUUCAUCCCCUUCCUCCUCAUUGUUGUUUCUUAUGUCCGGAUUCUCCUGUCUGUCCAGAGGAUGCGGUCAGCCUCGGGAAGGCACAAGGCACUGUCCACCUGCGCCUCCCACCUGACAGUGGUGGCCUUGUUCUACGGCACAGCCAUCUUCAUGUACAUGAGACCCCAGUCCAAGUCCUCCCGGGCUGGGGGCAAGGUCAUCGCGGUGUUCUACACUGUGGCCACACCCAUGCUCAACCCCUUGAUCUACAGCCUGAGGAACCAGGAUGUGAAAGGAGCUCUGAAGAGAGCGCUUGCAAAACAGAGAAAGCAGGUGCACAAGAGAAUGGCGGGGAUCACAGCUGAACGUGAGGAAUUCCGGAGGUCAUCGGUGGACAUCAGUCGUCGUGCUGUUUCAAUGUGGGCUCAGGUUCAGGCUCCCAAAGCCGGGUCUGAUGAGGACUCAUUGGCUCUGAAACACUGGGUUUACCAGAGUUAA